AUGGCCAUGGAAAAUUUUUUCAAUGGACAGAAACAAUAUGAUAAUGAUGAUAAUGAUGAUGUACUCAAUCGAUCAAAUAGUUCUACUUUUAGUAAAAAUGAUAAAAACCAAAACAAAAAUAAGGAGUUACAUAAUAGAAUUGAACAUUUACAUUAUGAAAAUGAAAUAAUAAAUGAUUUCGUUAAAGAUUUACAUGAUGAAAAUAAAAAUUUAGUUUCUGGCAUUAAAGAUUUACAAUAUAAUAUUGAUGAAUUAGAAAAAAAAUCAAGUAAUAGAGUAUUAAAAGAAGUAUUUGCUUAUUUAUUAAUACCAUGUAUUGAGCAAAUCAAAAAUGGAUUCGAUCAAAUGAAUAAAGAAAAAAAAGGAAUAUCUCAACAAUAUUAUGAAUUUCGAAAAUAUUACAACACAUGUACAUUAAAAAUGAUUAAAUAUAAAAAUAAAAUAAUUAGUAAUGAACCAUUAACAUUAAUUAGUGAAGUUAUUCAAAAAUUUUCCAAUGAAGCUAAAUUAUCAACAGAUGAACUUAUUGAACUUCUACUAGAAGAAAACAAAAGAAAUUACAACGCACAUGGCUUUAUUGAAGAUUAUAUAGAUGAUUUUAUUUAUGGUGAAUGUACAGAAAAUGAUCUUAUUCAAUAUAUUGAAGAUAAAAGUGAUGUUAAUAUUAUCAUUACUAAUAAUGAAAAAGAUCUUCUCAUAAAAUUAAUGCGUUUUAAUAUUGCACAUCGUCAAAAAUUAAUUCCAAUACAAUCAACUGUUAUUAAUUAUUUUGAUGAUUCACAAAUAUUUAAUUAUUAUAUUGAUGAUAGUCCAUUUCGAAUGCCUAUUAUUAAACAAUAUAAAGACAUGGAUACUAUUGUUAUGGGUAAAAUUGAAUAUGGAUCUUGUCAUAUUGGUGAUCAAUGUUUAAUUAUGCCUAAUCGAAAACUUGUAAAAAUUAUGAAUAUUUAUUAUGAUAAUGGUAUUGAAACUGAUUCUUGUAUUUGUGGAAAAAAUGUUCGUCUUAAAUUAAAAAAUGUUGAAGAACAAGAUAUUUCAUCAGGAUUUAUUUUAUGCCAUGUUCAUCAAGAACCAUGUAGUGUUGGAAGAAUUUUUGAAGCACAAAUUAAUAUACUUGAACAUAAAUCAAAUAUAUAUCCAGGUUAUUCAACUGUACUUCAUAUUCAUACAGCUGUUGCUAAAAUUCAAUUAAAAAAAUUAAUAAGAUUAAUUGAUGUUGAAAAAAAUAAAACAACUCAAGAAAAUCCAACAUUUAUAACACAAAAUCAAGUAGCAAUAGCAAUAUUUGAAUUAUCACAAGAUAAACAAGUUAUUUGUAUGGAACUAUUCAAUCGUUUUCCUCGACUUGGACAAUUUACAUUACAGGACGAUGGUCGAACGUUUGCUGUUGGAAAAGUGCUUAAAAUUAUUAAUUGA